CGACCCGUCCGCUGCACCCAUAAUUCCCCGCUCCGGGACAAGAUGGAAGAAAGCAGCGGCCGCCGGAGAACAAUGUUUUGGCAAUAAAACCCCCCUCAGCGGCGAAUACGGAGAGAAUAUAGGCACGUUUGAAACCAGCUGCGGUCAUGCGUAGAAUGGUCUCCUCCUGCAUUCCUCAUUAGAUUAAUUACCCUCCUUCUCCCCCCUGGCACAAAGUAAAUCACCAUCAUGAGUAUUAUUCAGGACAAGUUGGGCAAUGAGUUUUUGCGCAAUGGAGGCAUGGACCCCAAUUUCGCGCCAGGUAUGCUUAUGUUCAGCCACUUGCCCCCCGUCACCAGCUUUACACGGCUGGCAUCCCAGUCUGUCAUCGGCGAGCUUCCCCAGGAGAUGAUCCUGAAAAAAGAGCGAGACUCACCCCCAGAACACCAAGGCCCUGUAGCUGCCAACACGGGGGGCUUCCUCCACAGCAUGGGCAUAAAACAGGAGCGGCUGAGUGAGCUGGAUUAUCGAAUGCCCCUCUACAGCGGGGGUGGAGGAGUAGGGGUCAACUGUCCUGGAGGGGUCACGGGAAAGAGUGGCACUGACAUGUCCGAUAUGUCUUUUGGCAACCAGCACCAAAAUCACCAGAACAUGCUACUGCAUGACCUUAGCCUCAGCAAUGUUCGUACCUUGGGAGAACAGAUGCCUGGAAGACCAGGUAAAGAGCCAAAAGAGUCCUCAGGUAGAAGAGGCCGAAGGAGCAACGGGGAUGGGCAAGGAGGCAAAGCACGGAGGAAACGCAACGAUUCUUCAAAGGCUAUGAUGUUGGAUGGGGACGGCGCCUGCCUAUCCCCGAACUCAAAACCACAUAUCUGUGAGCACUGCAACGCUGCCUUCCGCAGCUCCUACCACUUACGUAGACAUGUGCUCAUACACACAGGUGAGAGGCCUUUCCGUUGUAGUCAAUGUAACAUGAGCUUCAUUCAGAAAUAUCUUCUUCAGCGGCAUGAGAAAAUCCACAGUGGGGAAAAACCUUUCAGCUGUGACCAGUGUAACAUGCGCUUUAUCCAGAAGUACCACAUGGAGCGACAUAAAAGGACACACAGCGGCGAGAAGCCUUACCGCUGCGAUACAUGCCAACAGUUUUUCUCAAGAACAGACCGGUUACUGAAGCACAAACGGACUUGUGGAGAAGCCAUAAAAAAGGUUCUAGAUCCAAGCAUGCUGGAGCUCAAUGAAGCAGAGCUAGGCCAAGGCAGCUAUUCACUCUCUCAGGGAAACUCAACCACCUCUGGACGAAAGAGGGCAAAGUCCAAAAUCGGCGAAGGUGGUGAACGCAAGAAGAAAAAGAAUGCCUCAGCAGCAGCAUCCUCUGGGGGGAUGGCCCGAGACCUGGGCCUGCAGGACUUCAGUAUGGAGCACCCCUCAGGCUCUGAUCCCACCAUGCAGGGGCCUACCCCCAAAUUGAUCUUUAAGAAAACUGGACGCAAAGGGCUAGACAAGGGCCUCCUGUCCCUGGAAGAUGGUGCUGAUGGACAGAAGCUUUUAUGUCACAAGCCUGAUGCCAUUGAUCAUGUUGAGGGUUCUGCCCUCGACAACAUGGGUCUACUCCAGGGACCUGAGGGCAAUAAGCCUGGUCCCACCACCAGCAGCAACUAUGAUGAUGCAAUGCAGUUUGUCAAAAAGCGGCGCUAUCUCCAUGCGGUCAACAAUGAUUACGGAGCUGGCUCCCUUCACAUGGCGUCCCAGGGUAACAACGUGAUCCAGGGUUCUCUGGGGCCGGAGCCAACCCUGGCCAUGCUGGACUCCUCGCCGCUGGAACUUAAACACGAUAAAUCAGGCAUUCCAGACGAGGUACUGCAAAGCCUGCUUGAUCAUUACAGCCAUAAACCUGAGGGAACCCACCAUGAUGUGACUUUUGACCUGUCAGACCACCCACACCAUGUGGAUCUCCAGCCAGCAGCCCCUGUAACCCCUGAAUUGGAUGAUGAUUCCCCCAACGGUGGCGACAAAACGGCAGUAAUGAGCGAGUACUCAAAAUUCCUCCUUCAGGCGUUGGAGCGCACCAGCCAUAGCGGACCCUUCCCCAGCCUCGGCCCAACAGGUCCAUUCCCCCUUCUGUCCAGCAGUUCCAGCCCCACGGGGCCCCUGUUCUCCGACAAACACACAUACAGCACCUCUCCUCUAGAUUGCGGCUACCCGCCUGCCGUGUCAUCCCCACUGCCCAUUGCUCCCCCUUCGUCGGCCUCCUCUUCGUCCUCCUCCAAGUCCCAUUACGGAAUGCUCGUUGGGUCCCCCUCUCAGACAGGUUACCACCUCAGCCUGGAAUCUACCAGUCACCAGCAGCUGACUCCGUCCCAGGAGUUGACCGAACAGCUGGAGAAGCAGCACUCCCCGGGCACCUUCAACCUUCCGCCCCAGGAGCUCACUACCACAGCAGAGGGCUCCAAGGUGCAGCAGUCCAAGGCCGUAGGGAGUGCGACGGCCUCCAAUGGCUCCACCUAUCCAGCCCUGUCCCCGCUCAACCCCCCAAAAGAAACAACGUACCAGAUUGAGAACUUUGCCCAGGCCUUCGGCUCCCAGUUCAAGUCUGGCCGACGAACCCCUCUGAGCUACAGCAGCGACCCAGGAGCAGAGGUGGAACACAGAAUACGGACUCCGGUGUCAGAAUUCUCAGGGUAUACCAGCUUGUUAGCUGACGUCAGUGAGCCAGUGAGUACAGGAUCAAAAACCCCGACAAGCCAAAGUUUCAGAUAAGGGUCAGACGAGGUUAAGCCUGUAAGGGGGGCCAUUUUUCUUCGCUGUCCACCCGACCCCCACACUCGCUCCAAUUUUGUUCCUGUAGCAAAGUUUUGUUUUUAUGAACACUGCCAUGAAAUGUUAAUACAAAAUGACCAGGGAGGGUCUUCUAUGGCCUCAAAAUGCAAUUUUUUAAAGAUAUUCUCAUUUUUAUCAUGUAGUCGCCUACGUUUUUGUUUAAGAGUAGUGAUUUUUGAUAUGAACGUACCGUAGAUUUAAAUGUAAUUUAAAAAAAAAAAUUUAGAGGGUAGCUAUGAACUUGCUUGUUUUUUUUUUGUUGUUUUAUUUCCUUCUUUUUCUGAACUCUUUGUGAUUUUUAUCAGUCAUCAUACCAUUGUAAAGUAAUGAAUAAUGUUGAUGAUUUCAAUAAUAAUAACAUUGUGUCAGGGAAAGGCCCAGAAUUCAAAUGGCAAAAAAAAAGUAUAUAUUGUCUGUUACAAGAAACAUAUAAACUCAGGAAAAUAGGCAAAAUUGUGUAAUAAGACUUUGUAUUAUGAGAUGCAAUUAGCACAGUUUUUACAGGCGUAUUUUGAGACUACAAAGCUUUUUCGUGUCUUUAGUUUUGUUUUAUUUUAUUACUUGUAAGAACAACAAAAUUUACAAUACACGGUAAUGUUCGGUUUGUGCUUCGCUUAGCUUUGUCGAGAUUAUGGUACUGUUGUGUCAAUGUGAAGACAUCCACAUUUCUUCUACAUGAAUUUCUGUCAGCUGUAGCAGAGUCGCCGGUUGCGUUUCAUGCGGCACGUUUCCUACCAAGACGUUUCAACAUUACUGAGUAUUGUAGCGUCAGGUGACUCAUUUCUAUCCAGAAAUAACUGCGGGAUGCAACGAGCCUCAGACGGUGAUCUUUUUAUUUUAUUUUACAUUUUUUUACAAGUCACCACUUUUCUACUCCACUCCUUGCUGUUCCUUUUUUGUGUCAAUGGAAUCGACAAGCACUUUUAAACAAAUCAUUGGAAACAUCAAUAACCCAUUCAAUUUGCAUGUGUGAUACGUGAUUAUUAUGCUAACGGUUAUUGCUAGUUUUUAAGAGGAGAAAACUGUGAAUGGGAGGGAGGGUUAAAGGGUGGGUCGGGCAAGUGAUUUUUCUUUUUUUUUUACGAGGCCCCUGUGGGCAUUUAAGGGUAUUUUGUUGCUUUUUUAUUUUGAACGGUAAAACAUGAGGGAUAGGAUGGGUGGGACUUCUUUUUCUUUGCGGUUUUUCAGGUGAUAUUGUAAAAAGAUGAUUUGCCAUAAUUUUGUUAUACAAUAUGUUGAGAGUACCUCUUUGUAUUUAAGUGUUUUUGAGAGUUGGGCUGACAUGCUGGAUCCCUUAUAUGGGUAUGUUAUUUACAUAUCCUUCUAUUUAUUUACCAAUAGCAUCACUCAAACAAACUCUGUAGCAAAUUCUUUUAGGCAAAUAAUCACGGACCUACAACAAAUCCCUCCCCUUAUUUCUGUUUUGUUUUCGAUUACGAGAAACAGCUUCAGUAACGCAGUCCAGAAACAAAGUUGAGUUCAAUCCAGCUUCCUAACCCAAAAUGCAGCCCUGCAUUCACAAGAAUAAACAAUGGCCUUCUUUGUCUUCCUUGGCUAAAGCCAAUCUGUCCGGCAGCCAGGGUUGAUAUUUAAUUUAGUUGGUUUCCUGUGACCCCCUCCCCUUCCUUUUCCCAUGUCUGUGAACACCACAGCUCCACCAGAGACUUCGAAGCUGCUCAGAUCACGUGGGGACAAAGACUGACUGACCAGCAACUUCACUCCAAUCACACUAUGCUUUUAAAGAGACAAAAAAUGAGUGGAUGAGAUGGAGGGGAAAGAAAAAAGACAAAAAGAUUGACCUAAAUAUACCUCAUAUCAUUAAAGCGUUAAAAAAAAAAAAAGCAGGGACACGCGUUUUAUGUAUGUAGUGGACAUAUUUGUAGUAUAGGUUCGACAUAUUGUAUAAUCAUUUAACACUGCCUGUGUUUACAAUUUUAGAGCAAACGACUCAUCAAAAUGCAAAUGUAUUAUUUUUGUUUUCUGUACAAAAAAAAAAACAUCCACACCAAGCAGUGUUGAAUUAUAGAUGCCUCAUAGAACAUUCUUCUCAUUAUAUCCCUUAUUUUUGUUACUUGCCAUAAUGUGUUUUGAUAUGAUCUCUAGAAGGAUAUUGUUUACAAAAAUGUACAAAAACACUAAAAAUCUGUUUUGUUUUUCCAAUAUGCAUGAAAACAUUUUGUACGGCUUUUUUUCUGUCACCUCAAUACCAAAUUUUUGUAGCAGAUGCCCCCCCACCCUGCAGUUCCUUUGUCUUAUUCGUUCUAGACCCCUUGUGUUAUGAUUUCCCAGGCUAUACCUGUUAUUGAGAUGAUGAACGAAUUAGAGAAGCCAAUAAAAACGUUUUGUUACUAAA